AUGGCUAGUGAUGAGAGUUUUGUAACUCUUGUGCACUAUAGAGGAUCAAUUAAAAAGAAAACGCGAUCAGGAAUUAAGUUUACUGAUAAGGAUCCGCUGAGUGUUUUUCUCAAACCUUCGAUCAGUUUCGCUGAGUUUAAGAAUACUAUCCAGAGACUAGGACUGCAUGGCGUGAAACGGGUGAAGAAGUUAUUCUAUAGAAUUUCGAUUUUCGUGUUACGCGAUGAUUUAAAGUGCGAUUCAUUCGUUAUUAGCAGUGACAAAGAUAUGCAGCUCCGCCCCUGUCUGAAUCGCAGCUGUGAUGCAUUAGUUGGUGAGGCUGGACCGUUGAGAGAGGGAGCUUCCGCGGCGCCCAACUCUCCUCCAUUUGUUCCGAUUUUCGGAGAGGUUGGAGCACCCAAUGAGGUUGAGGAUGCAUUGCAUGAUGAUGAAGAUGAUGAUGUGGAGCCCGCAAUGAUUGCUGAUGAUAGUAACGAGAAAACACGGACGACUCCACCUGUGGAUGGGGGAGCAUCUAGUUCAGGUACUAAUCAGUACCCCCCGCACUUCUCUGCUCUGGACUUGGAUGCCAUGGCACCUCAAGAGGAUCCCUCUGUACCUAUUGGCUUCGGGGCAAGAGACACGCAAAAUGCAGGAGAUGUAGCUGAAUUUCAAGUCGGUCAGCAGUUUCAGCAUAAAGAGAAAGUCGUGUUUAGCGUAAAGACCUAUAGCAUUUGUCGCGGAGUUGAGUACAAGGUAUUGGAGUCGGAUCAUCGCAAGUACCAUGGCAAGUGCAAGGAGUUCGGGAACGGGUGCGUGUGGCUCAUCUGGGUCAGCCUCUGCAAGCACAAAGGAAUUUUGGAGAUAAAACGGUACAAUGGUCCUCGUACUUGUCUAGCCACAUCGAUCUCUAGUGACCACAGAAAGCUUGAUUAUCAUGUCAUAUCGGUCUUCAUUAUGCCGAUGAUCAGAGCUGACGCUGUCACGUCGAUUAAGGUACUGCAGAAUGCAACGGAAGCACACUUCGGCUUCAAACCGACGUACAUAAGGGUUUGGAUGGCCAAACAGAAGGCCGUGUCACGAAUUUAUGGAGAUUGGAAAGAUUCGUAUAAUGAGUUUCCACGAUAG